AACUACACAGAGCUCAUGAUACUCAUAUGGGUUCUCUGGGGCGUCUCAUUCACUUUAACAGGAUUGAGAGGAUUUCUGAGAUGGCAUUCUCAGCGCAGGCUCUACGCAGAUGAUCACUUCGUGAUAUUCGGGUUCAUGUCACUAACUGGCCUAACCGCCGUCAUCACUUGCGUUCUGCCACACUUCUUUCUUGCUGGAGAGUACUCAAAGGCGGUCACAAAGAACCCGCUUACGCCGCUACCACUACCGCAAGAUGAAUUCGUCGAAAGGACUCGAACCUCAUUGAAACUCAUGUUCAGUCAGAUGCUAUUGUUUUGGACCACUUUAUGGGCGGCCAAAUUCUCCAUCCUUUUCUUCUUCCGACGUCUCGUGAAAGGCUUACCUGCAUACAUCAAAGCAUGGUGGGCCUGUUUUGUCUUAGUCCUCCUGCUUUACCUUGCGUCGAUGGCAUCUAACUUUCUGACAUGCUACCCUUUGACGAGAUACUGGAGCGCGACUGGAUGUAGCGCCCCAGGCGAUCUUCGACGAGCCGACAACUCGAUCAAGUUCGCAACCAGCGCCGACGUGGUCGCCGACGCGGCUAUCAUGAUCCUCCCGCUCAAUCUGCUCCGUAAACUGCAAGUGUCGCCACAACAAAAGUUCGGACUCGCCGUUAUCUUCUCGCUCGGCACUAUAAUCAUCGCGUUCGCUUUCGCACGGCUUGUACAGGUCACGAAAGCCACCUCGAAUCCCGACCCAACGUCCAUCGCCGACGGACCCGUGCUAUUGAGCAUGUGGAGCCACAUAGAAUCGUCUGUGUCUAUCAUCGUAGCCACACUCCCGGCAUUCAGAUACCUGCUCAACAGUAGGGCUGGAAGAACGACACCCGGUCCGUCGGGACCUCAAGUCUACGGUACUUCGCAGAGGAGUGGAUCAGGCGUGAAGAGCAAAGCGAAACGUGCCUUGAGUGGAAACAGGUGGAGCCAUGACCCCGUCAUGAGGCUGCCGAGCAACGAAAGAGGAAGGAAGGAAAGCAACGAUUGGGGUAGUGAGACUGAGUUG